AUGAACACGUCCUUGUGGAACAACCUGACUUUAUCGCCAUGGCCCGAUCCUACGACUUCUACAACAGCUGCUUACACAAGUGAAAACAUCACCGGAUUUCUUAGGAACAACACGAACAGCACCACAACAUCUCCAGAAACACAAGAGAAUCUCAACCCUUUUUUCUUUGGAUUAAUUUUCCAGUCUGCCAUUGUUCUGGUAGUGUUUGGAAACGUGUUAGUCCUUACAGCACUUGCGUGUUACCGAAAUUGGACACCUGCAGACGUUCUGUUAUUUUCACUGUCCUUCGCAGAUAUCUUGGACUCGAUUGCCGCACUUCAGCUUUUAACGACUGUGAAAUACUACAUGAGACGACACAUGACAGAAACCUUGUGCAAUUUGUUUAUAGGUUUGGUAUAUACAUUUCGACUUGCUGCGGCAACCACAGUCACGGUAAUGGCCUUAGAACGCGCUAUGUUAUUAGUAAAGCCCUUUAGACAUCAUACUCUCAUAACAGUUUCGCGCAUGAAGAAAUUUGUGCUUGGAGUUUGGCUCUUUUCCAUAUUUUCCGCUAUUUUACCCUUCAUUGGAGUCGGACAUUCAGGAUUUCGAAAUGGAGAGUGUUUUUCGCAGAUCUACAAUUUGGGCAAAGCAUAUGCCAUUUACAUAGAGGUGCUUGGUGCAAUACAAUUGAUAGCGGUGUUGGUUUCUUAUUUUACGAUCAAACUCUCAGGAAAAAUGUUUAUUCAGCGACAAACUGUUAUGUCGGGAGGCGGUGAAAAUGAACCUCAUGGCACUCAAAAUUGCAAAGAUAAACUACAGUCGCUAGGAACAACAAGCGGUGUGAGAAAUAUCAGAAAGCUGACGAAGAUGAUGACGAUAGUGGUAGUUGUUUAUUACAUUAGCUGGUUACCUUUCCUGGUGAGUAAUGUUUGAGGAAAAAAUAAUAAAAUUAAUCGUACUUCUGUGAACAAGUCAUUUGAAAUGUGAUAAAUAAUGACAUUGAAAACCGAUUUAAUAAGGCUUUCUUUAAGCCAAAUUUGUGUAAGCAGGUGUAAAAACAAGAAAACACUAGUUCUUUGGUUAAUAUUGAAUCCUUUGUUGAGUUCUUAGUCACAAUCGCCGGUUGCUAUUCGCCAAAUUGAACUUACCAAAAUCAUUUGUGUGCUUUUGAUGUCUCCGCGCACGUCUCUCAGCCAUCAAUUUGGGAUGUGAACUGAGAAAGAUGUCAAUUAACCUUCAGAUGUUAAAAAUAGUUCUAGUCCUGACAAGCAGACUUGCUUCCUCAAAAUACAAAGAUAAUCUUUCCGUUUCGUAUGAUUACUAGUAUCUUAAGUGGCGAUUCUGAGUGUGAAUAUAUCGUCAGUAAUUCGGUUUAUAAUCGAACGACCGCUUACUAACACCGACGCCGUGUUAAUAUAAAAGUUAAAGAGUCAGUCAAUGCCACAGUUAAAGCAGGCGACUGUACGAUCAGACGUAUAAGUAUACAAAAGAUCCAUCUCGUAAGGAUGACUGCAUUCGGAAGUCUGAUAACUCCUAAAUUACGGCUUCCUAAAGUAAUGUAUACUGUAUAUUGAUUGCGGCUAAAACAUCUUUAAGUUAAUCAAAUUCAGUUUUAUUGAGGAACAAGAACGCAUCAGUCGAAUGUUUUUCAAUAUGGGUUGCGUAGAAGCAGUAUAAAUAUUGUCAUCUAAGCGGCUUAACAAAGGUAACCUAGUGGACUCUUUGUCUGCCCGUCGACAGGUCAAAACAAAACUGUCUAUUCAAUUAUCGAUCCUUCUACGUAAUGCAUUUUUAAUUGUGGUUAUGCUUAGCACAGGAACCGUUGAUUUAAGAUAAGCCACAGGCCGCCCAGGCUAGGUGAGUGAGAGAUUUAUUUCAAAGCGCGAUUUCAAUGAGGGUAAAGAUUGACUGUUAAAAGAGUGUAUCAGGGAGUACCAUAGCAAUUAGGAGCCGGUAAAAUUGCUUUCUCCCACGUUCGUGACAUAGCGAUUAACAUUUGUCUUUGCCAAAGGAAUCUGUGGGCCUGCUUCGUAUUUUGUGGUGCGGUUUGUUAUGUUAGACAGGGUUCUAUCCCUUUUAGUUCACUUAACUUUGAUAAGACUGGAGAGAGACUCGUAUUUUUAAGAAUUCGCUCCUUGGGUUGGUCAAGUUAUGUGACGAACAUGCGAAAUCUACAUCAUGGUACAUAUAUUAGUUAGUUUUUUUGUUUUUGUUGUUUUUUUCCUAUUUUUAUAUUUCCUAGUUGUAGCGCUUUAGUUACUAGUUAGGAGCUUGCGAAUAUGUCUGUUAUAGAUGUUACAAGAUGAUAUAUGUAAAUGUAAAUGUAUACGUAAACCUGUAACUCGCGGUUAUGCUUGAUCGUCAAAUCUGGUAUUGAAAGAAUGCCUGCUUUCUGAAUUUACAUGUGAAAAUAUGUCAAAAUGCGACAUAAAGGUCUGUUUAAAUUAUGCAGAAGAUGAUAAGGUGUCUGUGCUUUAAUAAUCGAACGCCUUCAUUCGGACAAUACCGAAUGAAGGUCUCACAAAGAGAAAGUUACGUCAUAUAUUUGCGAUCUUCGUUUUGAAGAAAGGGACUCUAAGUCUAUGUCAUCAUAUAAAAUUUGUCCACUAUUCUGCGAUCUUUCUUGUUCAUUGGCGCAGAAAUAAAAAAAAAACACAAUCUCAAGUAAAACUUUUCAUGUUCAUAUCUGAUAACUGGGAGAAUCACGAACUAAUAUAAAAAACCCAAUCUGAUCAUAGUCUGACUUUUGUAAUUAAUUAGAUUAAAAAACUGAGGACUCGUACUCAGUUUUACCGAUCAAAUUAAAAAACAGAAUUUUCCUACUAGGUCACGCGCCACCGUUGACAUUAACUCGUUCAAGUUUCUUUAAUUCAAGGUGUAUUUACCACUGUUUUGACUAACUGUUGCAUGUGCAUCAACAAACUAACCUGAUUCAAUCUUUUAUCCUUCACAGCUAUACAACCUUUAUUGUCUGAUUGUUGACCGAGAGCCGGUGACCAAAGUUGUGGUGUUUACAAGUGUUAUUUCUCUACUUCAUGCUGUCGUCAAUCCUCCGCUGUACGGUUGGAUGAGCCAGCGAUACAGACGAGGUUACUUAUUUGUGUUCAGAAUGGCACUGAGUGUGUGUGGAGGCAAACGCCCCAGCAGGAGAACCCUAAGUAAGUUCUUGCUCCCCUUGUAUUUCAUGUGAUAAACUCCCAAACUAAAUCUACAUCUGCUUUCCCUUGCACUACAGCACUUGUGACGUCAAAUUCGGCGCGGACACUAGUACUGUCCAUCUGUUGCCUGUGUGACAGAUACCUCUUCUCUCUUACAAAAUAAUGACGUAAUUCGUCAUCUCUGAACAGCAACUGGACAACAUGAAAAAUAUAAAAUAUGUCUAAAAACUAUGAAUUACACUUUUUAUUUGCCAUCGUGCACGACCCUAAUCAACAAAUAAAGCUAAGAACUCAAUUCCUUCCUUGUAAUUCAAUGUAUAAAUUGAGCUGUUUUCAAUCUUGUUCACCAUACAGGCGUAUCUCGGCGAUUCUGCGCAGAAGCUAAUCUUUCACGACGAGCGACGAGUAUAGACUUAACUGUUUGUAGCAGUAGGUUGUCUUUACCACACGUAAAUCUUCCCUUUGGUGUGGCUGACAAGAACAGGAAGGAAGGUAGCAUGAGUUUGAAUUUAUAGAUGGGAAAAACCUGAAUACUGAAAAAUAGCACAGAUAUUGUCUGUAAAACUACCUGAGACCUAAAAAAGGAGCCAUUCUGGAAAACGCGAUCUUUUAUUGUCAGACUCCAUGAUUUAAAGACUCAAUUUGGUCUCAUAAAACAUGUCUCCUCUAGAAAAAAACAUAAGGGAAGCUAAUUCUGGAGGAUUACGAUGGAAAUACUGGUACUCACCCACUGACCACUUGGUUACCUAGAAGUCUUCGACCUCUUUAAAAGAUAAUGCACACCAAAAGCUUAUUUCUGAGUGUCUUUUCCAUACUUAGAUAUUCACAGAAACACUUGUAUAAAAUUUGUCACUUUUUGUUAUUACAGCAAGCCAUUCUGGCAUGGAGACAACGUCGAAAACACCUGGUGGAAAAACACAGGACGACAAUGAUUCAAACAAUAAUAACAACAUGCCCCUCGCGCAAACAGAAGCGGAACAACCCAGAGUCGAUGACAGCCUGGACAAGGAUGUGAUGCAGCUAUUGGAUUCUAUCAUCGACAGAAUAGAAGUGUAGUUCAUGUUACCAUUCAAAGAAAGAAAUCCAGUCUCCCAAGUGGACUUUUGCUCUCAUUGUGAGUUAACUUAGAAACGACCAUCAUUAGGGCAGACAACACGCGCAUUAUGCUUACAAUUUUAUCUAUCUACGCUACCUUACAUGUAAUCGUUUACGUAUGCCCAAAGCUACCGUUUAGAAAUCCCUAUAGGCGUGACAAAGUGAGUAUCAAAGUUGAAGGAAAGAGAAACUUGAACAAUGACUGUAUUAGUAGGAACAAGAACCAAUCUUCAAGUUUUUUCGGUGAAUUCUUCAUCAAGCUGGAACUGUAAGGAGAUGAGUAAUUAUACAGAUUUGCUUGAGUUAUGGUGCAUAGGUAGACAAAUCCAUACUAGUAAAUAACGGCAAUCUGAUUCCAGUGAUUCGGACGAGUUUUGAGAAGCAAGCUGCAGUUGAAAAAAAGACUGGCUUUCAUGUUCGCUAAUUUGGUUCAUCUAGGAUAAUCAGUCACAAGGCCACGUGUGUCCUUUCGCUACUUAACGUUACCGAAGAAACGUUUGCGACAAGCGCCGGGGGAAAAAACACUCUAUUCCUGGCUACCAUUCACGUCUCACUAAAGGUCCACGCAUGCGUAAGCUGUUUGAAAAGUAACGUCAGAAGAAGCCACUGUUAAUUUGCACUUUGACUGGGUGUGAAAUAGUCAGAGGCCUGAAAAACUGCACUAUGCCUUGAAACCGUUCUUGUCAUUCCUUUACAAUGUUAAGCCGAUUAAAAUUUUUUCAUAAACCAGUAUUUGUAAAUCAUUUACAACGCCCCUGGUUUUUGACAGCUUUUCAAAGAAUCGAGUGUUUUUGUGCAGACACAAGAGGAGGUUCUUUUCCUCCAACUUU